CUAGGAUCGGUUGGAGCAUCCUCUAAUCCAAAAUUAAGCUACCACAUUUAUUCUAUAAUCUUGAUUACAACUUUGUCAUAGUUUCAUAGUUAAAUUGUAGCAGUGUGGAUAGACAAACUUAGUUAAAUUGUCCCUUUUAUUCUCUCUCCCUCCCCUCCUCUCUCAACUGCGUCUGCAAGUUGUUAAAGGCAUUGUUGAAAUGGGAGAAAGGGCUGUGGUUUGCGUGUUAAAGACUCUGUAAGUUCGUAGGAAAUUGGAAAAGAAAGCUACAACUUUUGUGAGAUAUUGCAAUGCCAGUUCCUCUUGCACCUUAUCCAACACCUCCAGCCCCAUAUGCUCCUACCCCUCCUCCUCCUCCUCCUUCAGCAGCCAAUGGUGCACAGAGCCAGCUUGUGUGUUCUGGAUGUCGAAACCUGUUGCUCUAUCCAGUUGGAGCAACCUCUGUAUGCUGUGCUGUUUGCAAUGCAGUCACAGCUGUGCCGCCUCCUGGCACGGAAAUGGCCCAGUUGGUUUGUGGAGGUUGCCACACCUUACUCAUGUACAUCCGUGGAGCAACCAGUGUGCAGUGUUCUUGUUGUCACACAGUCAAUCUAGCCUUGGAGGCAAAUCAAGUGGCUCAUGUCAAUUGCGGGAACUGUAGGAUGCUGCUGAUGUACCAAUAUGGAGCACGGUCUGUGAAAUGUGCGGUUUGCAAUUUUGUGACACCAAUUGGGGUCUCGACAAGCGCCACUGAAGAGAAGUUCACUGCCUGAAUAGUUACACAGCUGUACUAAGUUGGUCAUUACAGACUCUACAAGUAUGUUUUUGCAUAUUACAAUAUCUCCUCCGACGAUAGCAUCUCCUGGUGAAGCAGAGGAAAAUCCCUCCAGCCACAAGUAUAGAGUUAUGUUUUAUCUCCCAAUUGCGUGACCUACCUACUUAAUAUGAAUAAGCAGUUUUGAAUGAAUGAAUGUGUGUAAAGUGUUAAGAUUCUAUGGAAAGACUUUUAGACUCUGACUCUGAGUGCAUUUGGAAAUCCUGGGAUAAGAUGGACUUCGUUUUCUUCUACUUCGACAA